GCAAGCUUCUUUCUAGAAUAAUGGCUUCAAAAAAUAAUGAAACACUAAAUAAAAAGUCUAGUGGAACGCUAGAAAGUAAGCCGAGCGUGCUUAAUUUGUCAUCCAUCUCGAACACAGAUACUUCUUCUGAACUAAAUCAUUUAACGGUCAAAAAAGAAUUUAGGCCAAACAUAAAUUCUGAUGAAACUGCUUUAUCAAGACAGCAGACAAGGCAAACAAUAAUAGAAGAAUUAUAUCAUAGAUCCACUUCAAUAGCUCAAAAGUAUGACGAAGAAAAUGAAAUUAUUCAGAAAGAGACUAAUAACCAUACCAAUAAUCCCAACAAUAAUCAAAAUAUUUUAGUAGAAAACGGAUUGCCAACAAAAAAAGAUGGCUUGGAAUUUUCAAAUAUCGACCCUGAAUUGGUAACAUGGGAUGGAGAGAACGAUCCAAAAUCUCCAAGAAAUUGGUCCCAUCAACAAAAAAUAACAAUCGCAUUCCUCAUAACAUGCUUUGCUUUUGUCUCGCCAUUAAGUUCGACAGUUAUAUCCCCUGCAAUACCAGCAAUAGCAAAAGAAUUUCAAGAAAAUAGUGAUUUAAUUAAAGCUUUAUAUCUCUCAAUAUUUGUUCUAGCAUGGGCCAUAAUUCCAUUAUUUGUAUCCCCGUUAUCUGAAAUAUAUGGUAGAAAAAUCGUUCUAAAUAUUUCAGUAUGGGUUAUGUUUGCCUUUAAUAUUGGUUGUGCGUUUUCUCAUAAUACCACUCAAAUAAUUAUUUUCAGAUUUCUUUCUGGUUGUGGCAGUGCUGCUCCCUUAUCUGUAGGAGCUGGUGUUCUUGGUGACUUAUUUGAUUCUCAAGAAAGAAAUUUCUGGUUUUCACUUUACUCUUUAGGUCCCACUAUCGGUCCUACAAUAGGCCCUGUUAUUGCGGGUUAUGUAGUAGAUGCUCUUGGCUGGAGAUGGGUUUUCUACAUUUUAUUAAUUGUCAAUGGGUUGCUUGGUGUUUUCAGUGUUAUUUUUUUCAGAGAAACUUAUUCUCCAGUUUUGUUGGAGAGAAAGGCUAGAAAGCUUAGAAACGAAACCGGUAAUAAGAAUUUUAAAACAAUUUAUGACAUUACCAAUACUGAGACUGCUUUUGGUAGGUUUUACGUUGAUAUGACUAGACCUUUAAAAUUAUUAACUUUUCAUCCAAUGGUUAUAGGCCUAGGUUCUUUCAUGGCUCUUAUAUUUGGUAUGCUUUAUAUUUUACUAUCUGCUUUUCCUUCAAUUUGGGCAAAUGUUUAUAAUUUUGAAGUUGGAACAACUGGUUUAAUGUUCUUAUCUAUUGGUGUUGGUUACUUGUUUGGUAUUCCAUUUUGGAAUGCUGUUAACCAAAAAUGCUAUAUGAGAUCAAUUACUAGCAAUAAUGGAGUCAUUAAACCUGAAUAUAGAAUCGAAAAUCUUGUUUGGGCUGGAAUAAUUGCACCAAUUGGUUUAAUCGGUUUUGGAUGGACUGCUGAAAACCAUGUUCAUUGGAUUGUACCCUCAAUUUUUGUUGCAUUCUUUGGUUUUGCUGUUGUUUUAAUGUUCCAAGCAAUUGUAAAUUAUCUAGUUGACAUGAACCCUAGAUAUGCUGCUUCUGCUGUUGGAGCUGCUGCUGUUUUCAGGUCUGUAUUUGGGUUUUCCUUUCCUUUAUUUGCACCUUAUAUGUUCAAAUCCAAAUUAAGUUAUGGAUGGUCACUUACUAUUUUCGGAAUUUUUGGAAUGGUAUUAGGGAUUCCAUUUCCAAUUUUUGUUUAUAGAAAUGGCGAAAAAUUACGAAACUGGGCCAAUCGCAGAUUAGAAAAAGAUCAAGCCAAAAGAGAUGAAAAAAAUUUUAAAAGAUUACAAAAAACCAAGCUUAAAGAAAAUGAAGCCUUAAAAUCUGAUAACAACUUCUAAUAAAAAUUCAGGUUCAAGUUAUAUUGAAAGUCUUAAAUUUGGCCUAGAAUUUCCAAAUAUUUUGCAUUUUUAAAGCAUUUCACAUAAUACUAGUACUAGGUAAGAGGAAUCA